GUUUAGGACUUUUAUUUUGAAGCGCGCGCUGAUUGGCGGUGGAUUUUAAAAAAGAAAAAUCUGCGGCGUUUUUCACCAUCAGAUCAUAGCAACAAACCCCAAACGGCUGUUUUGUUUAUAUCCUGAGAGGGAUGUCGUUUGUACGGAUUAACCGAAGGCCAAUGCGAACGAAGAAAGUGUCAGUGCCCAAGAAAGAAUGGGUGAGCACAGUUAAUGAUCUGUCAGUACACAAGUCUACGUCUGAGGAACUGUCCAGGCGUCAUGACAUGCACAGAUCUCGGAACAGAGCUGCUGCACAGUGGGAGCUGAAGAGGAGAAAGCCGCAGAACACCAGCCCUCCUGGACUCCACCAGACCAGACUGAGGUUAUUCAGAGAGAUGUUCUCAGAUCAUUGUGAGCUGCAUGAUGUUCUUGCACGGUCUGACCAAGCACUGGCGUUGGUGAAAGACCUGUUCGGUGAUGCACCUCGCAGACAGAAAGGUUUUCCGAGUGUUACCGUGGCACCUGACUGCGAGUCAGACUCUGAACUUCCUGUGCUGCAGAAACCGGAUCCGCCAACACAUCUGUCACUGCUCAGCCAGUCCAUGAUGGAUCAACAGGCUUUAAAUGAAGUGGAUGAUUCUGCAGCAGAGCAUGGAGACGAUCUUCAGGAUGUCUCGGUCAGCUUCGACAGUGAAAUGUGCAGGCCAAAGAGAAAAACAUGUAAAGCAAAGCCUCCCGUUUGGGGAGCAACUCGGCAACCACAGCAGCAGAACAUGCCUCAGACUCCCUGUAACACAAGUUCAGAGGAUCAUGCAGCUCUGAACGCAACUUUGGCUGUGCAGCGUGUAAAGUCGAGACAGUCUCGGUCAGAAGCAGAUCAAUCCACAGCUCUCAUCAAUCAGGUCCUCAAUCCUGAACUGUCUCCUUCUCAUUCUGGUGGUAAGAGCAGGUCUCUCAGAACCACUAGAGGGCACUCUUCUGAAGCGUCAGGGUUUAGCUGUCAGAGUGCCAACCAGUCAAGUCUGGAGCUUCUGCAGGACAUGCUGGCUCAGGUGGAGACUGAACUGGACUACUUGGAGCCGAAGGAUCUUCUUGGACCCUCAGAGCAAACCGAGCUUCAGCAUGGCCGUGGCCUUACCGGUUUCUCUGUGUCUCUUGUUGGUACACUUGGGCGCAUCGUCAGUCAUCUGAGAAGGAGGGACGAAGAGGCGCAUGCAAGGCAGAGGAUGGAAGAGGAGAUGAAGGAGCAGAGAAACCUGAUUGAUGCCCUCACAGCAGAAUGUCUCACACUGAGAGAAGAAAGUGCUGCCCUAAAGGCGAAUCUGCAGGAGCAGAUAUCUGAACUGGAACAACGCCUGGACAUGGUGAUCCUUGCAAUGGGAGAGCUGGGAAAAGACAGAGACACAGAGGGCGAAGAGGAAAAAGCACCAAGUCGAGACCUCCAGCCUGUACCUGCUGAGAGAGACCAAGAGGAGGCAGCAUCUCUCGGUCCUGCUGUUCUCCUCUCUCCGCCACACCAGAGAGACAGCAGAGCGCCCCCGACAGAAACAAAUCAGAAUGUUGAUACGAUUCGAACAGCACGUGCCCGAUCUCUGCACUUCGAGGAGUCUCGCACACCAGGCAGCGGCUCGCCAGGAGAGUCGGAUAUCUCACGCACUCCGUCCUCAUUUGCUAGCCUGCCCGAGCGAGUUCUACCCGAUCCUGCCCUGCUGCUGAACCAGCUAUCCCAGGACGCCAUGCUACAACAGAUAGCGGAGUUAACCCGUCAAAACGCAAUGAUCCAGGAUCAGCUGGGGCACAGCCACGCCUCUCCUACUCCGUGUUCAGACAGAGGUGUAUCUCCCACCGCCGAACCCCGGCCAACACAACAGUGUGUGGGUGUGGAAGGUUCAUCAGGCAGGCUUCUGGAGGACAGACUUCAGGAGCUGAACAGACAGAAUGCAGCAGCCAGGACAAAACUGCUGGAGUUUAUCGAGCAGCAGAGACCGAGCACAUCUCACAGCACCUCUCCAUCCAUCUCCCCCAUACCCCUACACUCCACCAGUCCUCACACAGUUAUCGGAAGGCAGACUCCUGAAGUGUGCGUGUCCGUACCCGAGAAAGCUCGUCCGUCUCACUCCAGGACAAACAGCAGAAGGUCUGUCGAAGCCGUUUCUCCACAAAAUGUAGAGGGAAGACAAAAGCAGUCCAAUACACAGGUGGAUAAACUGAAAGGAGAAGGCUGGUUUGCGUUAUCUGCUCACGUCUGAAAGCUCAACUGCCCGACGGGAUGCUACAGUUCCACGCUACUUCUUUUUUCUUCUUUUCUUUGCACACUUCUUUUAUUCUUGUCUUGUCUCUCUGAUCGUUUUAGUUUUAAUUUUGCACACGUCAAUAAAUUCUAGACAAACA